AUGAAAGUUGCUGCAAAAUUAUGCAAUUUGUUCACCACCACCUAUUUUCUUUUACUCUUCUCAGGUCUUGGCGUUGAUUCUAAGGAUUAUGAUUAUUUUGCUACUACUAAGUGUACAACAGAACCUCAUAAGGCACAAUAUGGAGGGGGUAUUAUAGUAAAUCCAGAAUUUGAUCACAACAUAGAGAGUUGGACAGUGUUUGGAAAUGGAACAAUGGAGGAACGUUUAUCAAAUAAUGGAAAUAGAUUCAUUGUUGCUAGCAACAGAACACAAACAUUAGAUAGUUUUUCACAAAAGAUUCAACUCAAGAAAGAAUUGAUAUACAUGUUUUCAGGUUGGUUUCAGCUGAGUGAAGGAAGAGACCUAGUUUCUGUUGUGUUUAAAAUAAAUGAUAGUGAGUUGGUAUAUGGUGGUCAUGUGAUAGCAAAGAAUGGAUGUUGGUCUCUUCUAAAAGGUGGUAUAGUCGCAAACUUCUCAAGUUCCGCCGAGAUUAUUUUUGAGACCAAUAAUCCAAGUGUGGAAAUAUGGGUCGAUAGUGUCUCAUUGCAACCGUUUACUAAAGAAGAAUGGAGAUCACACCAAGACAACAAUAUUGAGAGGGUACGUAAGAGUAGAGUGAGAUUUCAUGUAAGUAAUGUAAAUGAAACAGCAAUUGAAGGAGCAAAAGUUGUCAUAAAACAAACAAAAGCAAAUUUUCCAUUUGGAUGUGGGAUGAACUAUCACAUACUCACAAACCGCGACUACCAGGAAUGGUUUGUAUCAAGAUUUAAAUACACAACUUUCACCAAUCAAAUGAAAUGGUAUAGUACAGAGAUAAUUCAAGGCCAAGAAAACUAUACUAUCCCAGAUGCAAUGUUGAAAUUCACCAAAGAAAAUGGAAUUUCUGUGAGAGGUCAUAACAUUUUUUGGGACUACGAAAAAUAUCAACCUAAAUGGGUGAAUUCGUUAUCGCCAGACGAAUUAAGAGAAGCCGCGGCUAAAAGAAUAAAAUCUGUUGUUACAAGAUAUAAAGGAGAAUUGAUUGCAUGGGAUGUGAUGAAUGAGAAUGUUCAUUUUCACUUUUACGAGGAUAAACUAGGUGAAAAUGCGUCCGAAAUAUACUAUUUAAGAGCUUAUGAGCUUGAUCCAAAAACAACAUUGUUUAUGAAUGAGUAUAAUACAAUCGAAUAUAGCGGUGACAAGGUUGCUAGUCCAGCAAAUUAUUUCAACAAACUUAAGGAGAUUCUGCAAUCUCCAGAAGCUUCUGAAAUGUCAUUUGCAAUUGGAUUACAAUGCCAUUUUGCAAGUGGCAGGCCAAAUCUUGCUUACAUGAGAUCAGGUCUAGAUUUUCUCGGUGAAACUGGAUUUCCUAUAUGGCUCACAGAAACCAGUGUAGAUCCUCAAGCAGAACAGGCAGAAUAUUUUGAAGAGAUACUAAGAGAAGGUUACUCUCAUCCGGCAGUUAAAGGGAUAAUAAUGUUUGCUGGUCCAGCACAAGCUGGUUUCAAUUCUACACUUCUUGCUGAUGCAAAUUUUCAAACAACUCCAACUGGAAAAGUUGUGGACAAGUUGAUUAGUGAGUGGGGAACUGGACCUUAUACAACAAUAGCAGAUGGUAGAGGAAUUGUAGAUAUUUCAUUACAUCAUGGAGAUUAUGAUGUAAUAGUUACUCAUCCUUUAACACAACAAACUGAAAAAUUAAAUAUAAGUGUUAGGAAAGAAUGUUCACAAAAAAACAUCCAUGUGAAAAUGCAUGCCUAA